UGCACCGCGCUCGAGCGCUGCGUCGCCUCCUGACGCGAGGAAAGAGUUAAAUGUGCCAAAUCCUAUUACUCUACUGUUGCAUUUGAAUUGACUUUGACAGCUGACGUGCUCAGACUGCGGGUUACCCGGAUGACAGAGAUAGCAGCUUCGCCUUCGCUUCCCAGUGGAUCAUGGUGGACUUUAUGACAGAUCAGGACGUGCGAAAGUACAAGGAGGACGGAUAUGUGGUUCUGGACGGGCUGCUGAGCUCUCAGGAGUGCGACGAGCUGAGGCAGAGAAUGACUGAGAUCGUUGACCAGAUGGACGUCCCCGAGCACUGCCGCACCACGUUCUCCACCUACCACGACGAGCAGCUGAAAUCGCAGAUGCAGGGGAGUGCAGAUUAUUUCAUCACAAGCGGAGAUAAGAUCCGCUUCUUCUUCGAGAAGGGCGUUUUCGACGACAAAGGGGACUUCCUCGUGCCAAAGCAGCGGUCGCUCAAUAAAGUCGGACAUGCCCUGCAUGCCCAUGAGCCUUUGUAUAAGAAGGUGACGCAUUCAGCCAAGGUCCAGGGAAUAGCCAAGAAGCUGGGUCUGGUUGAUCCUGUGAUUCUGCAAAGCAUGUACAUCUUUAAGCAACCAGGAAUCGGUGGCGAAGUGACGGCACACCAGGACGCCACCUUUCUGUACACGGAGCCUCUGGGCAGAGUGAUGGGAAUGUGGAUCGCCCUGGAGGACGCCACUGUUAACAACGGCUGCCUGUGGUUUAUACCAGGAUCACACAACAGUGGCAUCUCCCGUCGAAUGGUGCGCACCCCGAAAGGCACCGUGCCACUGACGGACUUCGUCGGAAGAGAGCAAACCUAUGAUGAGGAGAAGUUUGUAGCUGCGCCUGUUAAAAAAGGCGGUGUGGUUCUGAUUCAUGGGGAAGUGGUGCACAAAAGUGCUGAGAACACCUCAGAGGACUCUCGCCAUGUCUACACCUUCCACAUCAUGGAGGCCUUUGGCUCUCGCUGGAGCCCUGAGAACUGGCUGCAACCCACCGAAGAGCUGCCUUUCCCACCUCUCUAUACUGAAUGAAUGUCCCUGGCAGCCGGAGCUGAGCUUACAAACAUGGACCAGCAAGUAGGAACAUUUUUAUACAAAGAGGAAUGUGAAGGACAUCUACUGCAAGCUUUUGAAAACAAUGCAUCAUGACUUUGUCUCUGGCUAAUGUUGUAAACCAACGCAGUAUUAUUUUUUCCCAACUAUUUUGGGUCUGAGUUGCUCAGGCUGGCUCAAAAUAGUAAUGUGAUAUUGCUCUAACUGCAACUGAAUGAAUAAAGACACAUCCCUUUGUUAAAAGAAA